CGUGUGAGGCGGCGGAGCAGCGCACGGUGUCGCUGCAGGCUCAGGAAGGGCGGGUGGGCGGCUCCGCCCCGGUGCGGCGGAGAGCCCGGCUGUGAGCGCGGGGGGGCGGCUGGGGCCGGGCAGCGGAGGCGGUGCGUGCGGGCGGCGGCGGGAUCCGUGCGGGGCCCGUGCGGGGUCGGAGUUGAGCGUGGGCGAUGGGCGAGCGUGUGUGGGGUGCGGUGUUGCGGGUGGUGGCGGUGCAGGCGGCGUGGGCGCUGUGCUCGGGGCAGGUGCGGUACUCGGUGCCGGAGGAAGCCAAGGCCGGGACGGUGGUGGGCCGUGUGGCGCAGGACCUGGGGCUGGAGGCGGGCGAGGCGGAGGCGCGGCGGCUGCGGCUGGUGUCUGCGGGCCGGCGGGCGAGCGUGGAGGUGAGCGGGGCGAGCGGGGCGCUGGUGGUGAGCUCGCGGCUGGACCGGGAGGAGCUGUGCGGCAAGAGCGCGCCGUGCGCGCUGCGGCUGGAGGUGCUGGUGGAGCGGCCGCUGCGCGUCUUCCACGUGGAGCUGGAGGUCACCGACAUCAACGACAAUGCCCCCACCUUCCCCGCCGCCCGAAAAAACCUCACCAUUGCGGAACUGAACACGCUCCCGGGUUCUCGUUUCCCGCUGGAGGGCGCGUCUGAUGCGGAUAUCGGAGUGAACGCUCAGCUCUCCUACACACUCAGCCCCAGCGAGCACUUCUCCCUGGAUUUGCAGCGGAGUGAGGAAUACCGUGAAUCCUUGUUUCUGGUGCUCACGAAACCUCUGGACCGGGAGACGAUGGCGGUGCACCGGUUGUUGCUGACGGCGAGUGACGGGGGCCGUCCGUCUCUGACGGGGACGAUGGAGCUGGUGAUCUCGGUGCUGGAUGCGAACGACAACGCGCCCCAGUUCAACCAGUCGGUGUAUAAAGUGCAGCUGCCGGAGAGCGCUGCAGAGGGGACGCUGGUGGCACGGUUGAACGCCACGGAUCCCGAUGUGGGAAGCAAUGGUGAAGUGACGUUCAGUGCAAGCAACACUUUUCCGGAAAAGGGAUUAAACCUUUUCUCUUUAAAUCCAAAGACAGGCGAGAUCCGUCUCACGGGUGCCCUGGACUAUGAAGACAUCCGUUCGUAUGAGAUACUAAUUGAAGCGACAGAUAAAGGGACACCCCCGCUGUCGGGUCACUGCAAGGUGUUGCUGGAGGUGCUGGACGUGAACGACAACGCGCCGGAGGUGCGGGUGACGUCGCUGUCGGUGCCGGUGUCGGAGGACGCGCCGCUGGGGACGGUGGUGGCCCUGCUGAGCGUGUGGGACCGGGACUCGGGGGCGAACGGUGGUGUGCGGUGCUGGGUGUGGCCGUCGGGUCCGUUCGUUCUGGAGGCGACGGUGUCGGGGUCGUACUCGCUGGUGCUGCGGGAGGCGCUGGACCGGGAGCGGGUGUCGGAGUACGAGGUGGAGGUGCGUGCGGAGGACGGCGGUUCUCCGGCGCUGGGCGCCCGCGUGGGGCUGCGUGUGCCGGUGUCGGACGUGAACGACAACGCGCCGGCGUUCGCGCAGGCGGUGUACACGGUGCUGGCGCGGGAGAACAACUUGGCGGGCGCGGAGCUGGCGCGGCUGUGGGCGCGGGACCCGGACGAGGCGGGCAACGGGCGCGUGAGCUACUCGUUGUGGGAGGGCGCGUUGGGCGGGGGGUCGGGGUGGUGGUGGUCGGGGGCGUCGGUCUCGGUGGGGGGUGUUGCGGCGUCGAGCUACGUGUCGGUGGAGGCGGAGAGCGGUGUGUUGCGGCCGCUGGACUACGAGGAGGUGCAGGUGCUGCAGUUCGAGGUGCGUGCGGUGGACGCGGGGGAGCCGGCGCUGUGCGGCAACGCGACGGUGCAGCUGUUCGUGCUGGACGAGAACGACAACGCGCCGGCGCUGCUGCCGGCGGCGGGCGGCGGGGCGGCGGCCGGGGCUUUGUCGGGGGAGGUGUCGUCGGCUGUGGAGGCGGGGACGCUGUGGGCGUGGGCGCGGUGGGGUUCUCCGUCGGGUCAGGUGGUGGCGAAGAUCCGCGCGGUGGACGCGGACUCGGGCUACAACGCGUGGCUGCGCUACGAGCUGUGGGAGCCGCGGGGCAAGAGCGCCUUGUUCCGCGUGGGGCUGUACAGCGGCGAGGUGAGCACGGCGCGGGCGCUGGAGGAGGCGGACGGGCCUUGGCAGAGGCUGGUGAUCGUGGUGCGGGACCACGGCGAGCCGGCGCGCUCGGCCACGGCGACGCUGAGCGUGUCGCUGGUGGAGGGCGGCGAGGCGGCGCUGGCGGCGGCGGCGGCGGGCUCGUCGUCGCUCUGCCGCGCUCGUUGGCGGGCGGCGAGAGCGGCUCUGGGCCGGCGGCGGCGUCGGCGGCGACGAACGUGUGGCUGGUGGUGGCGAUCUGCGGCGUGUCGAGCCUGUUCCUGCUGGCCCUGGUGCUGUACGGGGCGUCGCGCUGGGCGCCGCGGGCGGCCGUGCUGUCGGGGCCCGGGCCCACGACGCUGGUGUGCGCCAGCGAAGUGGGCAGCUGGUCGUACUCGCAGCGCCACAGCCGGAGCCUGUGCGUGGCGGACGGCGCGGCCAAGAGCGACCUGAUGGUUUUCAGCCCCAACUUCCCGGCGCCGCGGCCAAGGACACGCAGCCGGAGCCUCCCGCUCUCCUCGACACGG